GGCGUGCGUUGAUUGGGUAAUUUCACGUCGGCGUGUGUCACCACGUGAUUUAGGGCGUGGCCGGAGCAGAUGACCGUUGCUCUGCGCGUAGCUUAUGCGGCUGAUCAGAACUGCGCUGUUGGUUGUCACUCUCGCGCGGCGAGGGUGCGUUCGAGCGAUGUCUGCGGAGGCUGAAGACUGGCGCAAGGCCACGUCCAUUUACGAUUUUUCUGCGAAAGACAUCGAUGGCAACUUGGAAUCCCUGGAGAAAUACCGAGGCUACGUUUGCAUCAUCACCAAUGUCGCCUCCAAAUGAGGCAAGACCCCUGUAAACUACACUCAGCUUGCGAAGAUGCACGACACGUACGCUGAGCAAGGUUUACGAAUCCUGGGUUUUCCCUGCAAUCAGUUUGGUAAACAGGAACCAGGAACAGAGGAGGAGAUUAAGGAGUUUGCUAAGGGUUACAAUGCUAACUUUGACCUCUUCAGCAAGAUCGACGUCAAUGGGGAGAACGCUCACCCCUUGUGGAAGUGGAUGAAGGAGCAGCCACAUGGGAAAGGGACACUGGGAAACAACAUCAAGUGGAAUUUCACAAAGUUCCUCAUUGACCGUGAAGGCAAAGUUGUGAAGAGAUACUCGCCAAUGGAUGACCCAGUUGUGAUUGAAAAGGAUCUUCCCAAGUAUCUGUAGUUUGGCUAGCUUCACUCUCGCACACUGACAUCAGCCCUGCCUCUCACAUGGCUAGCUGCGAGUGGGCGGUUCUACUCCCAGGCCAGUGACGGCUUGCCCUCAAACCCGCCUGGCGGAAUGGGCAGGCCUGAUUUAUUGUCGUGCACCCCCCACUCUGGGAAGGACCAAACCCCACUUCAGCCAGCCUGUGUGAGAGCAGGGAUGCUAUUUAAAACAGACUUGAUAUAAUAGCCAAAUGUUAGGCAUUACAAAAGAAAUAAACCGAUUCUUUAACCAAA